CAGGUGUUUAAAACUGGGACAGGUGAGGUCUGAGUCACAGUAAAUCCUGGAGCUGUGGUCCACCUGGUCUCAACCUGAGCAGUCAGGAACAGCCCUCAAACAUGAUCAAAGCCGUGCUUGCUGUCCUCCUGGUCCUGGUGACCGUGUCCUCCACUUUCGCCAAAUACAUCCCAAAGACCGGGAAGAGGAUCCCACAGACCCUGUCCCGAGGGUGGGGGGAUCAGCUGAUCUGGGCUCAGACAUAUGAGGAGGGUCUGUACUGGUCCCGGUCCAGGAACAAGCCGCUGAUGGUCCUGUUUCACUUGGAGGACUGCCCACACAGCCAAGCGCUGAAGAAAAUUUUCUCUGAGGACGACCAGCUACAGAAAACUCUGGAUGAGGACUUCAUCCUCCUCAACCUGAUGUAUGAAACCACAGACAAACAUCUGUCUCCGGAUGGACAGUACGUCCCUCGGAUCCUGUUUGUUGACCCUUCCAUGACAGUGAGGGCUGACAUCAAUGGUCGCUAUGCCAACCGCAUGUACGCGUACGAACCGAGCGACCUCAGCCUGUUGAUCAACAACAUGAAGAAGGCAAAGAAGCUCCUGAAGUCCGAGCUGUGAGCUGCAGGACCGAGCCGGAAGACCAACCACAUGUAUGGAUGUUUACAUGGAAAACUGAGCACUGGAAGUUUCCCCCGUCUUCACCUGAAAGUUUCCUCCUGACUUCUGAUCCUCUGUUGGUUGUUUAUCUGUCUGAAUAAAUACACACCUGGUGAAA